AUGGAACUUCAUAUUUCGUGGUGGCUCCUGCUAGCUCUUGUGUCUGUCUCUUUUGGCGAUACAAUCCAGGCUCGGAUCAGGGGAAUUGAUCUGUUUGAGCUCCAUUUUCCUGUGAACUGGAAGUCGCAGUCAAUGAUGGGCAGUGGCGCCAAACAAGCAGACUUCUUCAUUGAACACGGAGGAAACUGGACUGCGGAUGCAUACACACUUCCUGGGGUGCUGGAGAUGGAAGGGAAUAUUGCGGGGAAGCUCUGUCAUGGGAUGACGCCAACAGAAAUAACAGACUGGAUGCUUGAUUUCUCCAACAGGUAUAAGUCCCGAACAGGCAGGCCUCCGAUUUUGUUCCUCUCAGCGGGCUGGUGGGCGAAGUGCGCCGACAACAAUGCGACAUUUGGAGCGGACCAUGCGUUGUGGCUAGCGAAUUGGGCUGAGGAGAUGGGUACGUUACCAGCAGGCUGGAAGGAAGCAACAUUCUGGCAAUAUGCUGGUUGGGAUGAGAAUGGGGGAGAGGCCAACGUGUUCCUUGGUAGCUCUAAGGAACUAGUAGAGUUUGCAAUAGGAUCUUAA